UCCCAGAGCGGGAGUCAUUGCGACAGCAGUAUGCCCAGGACACUAAGAUGGGCUUUGUGAUCAAUGCCAUCUACUCCAUGGCCUAUGGGCUCCAUAACAUGCAGCGCUCACUGUGCCCAGGGUACCAGGGGCUGUGUGAUGCCAUGCGACCUAUAGAUGGUGCCACACUGCUGGACUUCCUGAUGAAGACCAACUUCACAGGCGUGUCUGGAGAGGGCAUCCUGUUUGACGAGAACGGAGACUCGCCUGGCCGAUAUGAGAUCAUGAACUUUAAGAAGAUGGGACAGGACUACUAUGACUAUAUUAACGUAGGGAGCUGGGACAACAGUGGGCUGAAGAUCGAUGAUGAUGAAAUCUGGGCCAGCAAGGACACCAUCAUCAAAUCAGUCUGCAGCGAACCCUGUGACAAGGGACAGAUAAAGGUGAUCCGUAAAGGAGAGGUGAGCUGCUGCUGGACCUGCACUCCCUGUAAGGAGAAUGAGUUUGUGUUUGAUGAGUACACCUGCCGAGCCUGUGACCUGGGCUCCUGGCCCACCUUCCACCUCACAGGCUGUGACCCUAUCCCAGUGGAGUACCUGCGUUGGGGGGACCCAGAGCCCAUUGCUGCUGUGGCAUUUGCUUGUUUGGGACUCUGUGCCACAUUCUUCGUCACCUCCGUCUUCAUCAGGUUCCGGGACACUCCGGUGGUGAAGUCGUCCAGCAGAGAGCUUUGUUACAUCAUCCUGGCUGGGAUCUGUCUGGGUUAUCUGUGUACCUUCAGUCUCAUCGCCAAGCCCCACGCUGCACACUGCUACCUACAGAGACUGGGCAUAGGCCUGUCCCCUGCCAUGAGCUACUCUGCCCUGGUCACCAAGACUAACCGUAUAGCUCGUAUCCUGGCUGGCAGCAAGAAGAAGAUCUGUACUAGGAAGCCCAGGUUCAUGUCUGCAUGUGCCCAGCUCAUCAUCGCCUCUCUACUCAUCCUGCUGCAGCUGGGCAUCAUAGUGGCUCUCUUCCUCAUGGAGCCCCCACAGGUGAUCCACGACUAUCCCAGCAUCCGGCAGGUCAAUCGCAUCUGUUACACCACCAACCUGGGCGUGGUGGCGCCGCUGGGCUACAACGGCCUGCUGAUCCUGAGCUGCACCUUCUACGCCUUCAAGACGCGCAACGUCCCAGCCAACUUCAACGAGGCCAAGUACAUCGCCUUCACCAUGUACACCACCUGUAUCAUCUGGCUGGCCUUCGUGCCCAUCUACUUCGGUUCCAACUACAAGAUCAUCACCAUGUGCUUCAGCGUCAGCCUCAGUGCCACUGUGGCGCUCUGCUGCCUGUUCGUGCCCAAGGUGUAUAUCAUCCUGGCCAAGCCAGAGCGUAACGUACGCAGUGCUUUCACUACAAGCACGGUAGUACGCAUGCACGUGGGUGAUGGGAAGUCCUCAUCAGCCGCCAGCCGCUCCUCCAGCCUGGUCAACCUCUGGAGGCGACGCUGCUCUGCUGGAGAGACACUCAGUUCCAAUGGGAAGUCAGUAUCCUGGGCACAGACAGAGCGGGGUUCCCGUGGAAACCACCUGUGGCAGCGCCUGUCGUUCCACAUCAAGAGGAAGGAGAACAACCAGACAGCUGUCAUUAAGCCCUUCUCCAAGACCCCCGAGGGGCGCUACAGUGGGGGCGCUGACCUUCACCCCCACAUGCCGUCCCUCCCCCACUCCCACUCCCACCCUGACGCAGACAAGACCCUGUACGAGCUCACAGAGGCAGAGGAGAGAUACGCCGAGGAGAGAUACCCAAUUACCUACCGGCCCCAGACCCCUUCACCAAUCAGUACUGUCAGCCAGCACCUGCAUGGGGCGGGACUAAGGGAGGAGCCGCUUGUGAUGGGUGUACCGACCUCCCUGACCGGGGGUUCUGUCGGCGGGGGCGAUGUGUUUGACAGUUCUCUGAUGGAUCAGAUCAGCUGCGUGGUUAACCGUUUCACUGCCAACAUCAGCGAACUCAACAGCAUGAUGCUCUCCCCGUCUCCCACACACUCACACACAUACUCUCACACGCACACCCUGACGCCCUCCCACCCUGCAGACCCCUUCCUCCUCCCCCGGGAGAUCCCCCUCCCCCUCACCAUGACCACAUACGCUGACGUCCAGCCCCUUCCCCCUGUUGAGUCCUACGUAGGUGGACACGCCGGCCUCACUCACCCCCUGCCUCACCCUCGCCUCCUAACUCACCCUCAGGCCUCCCACUCUCCGGUGCGACACCUCACUGUGGGAGUGGAGUCCCCUCUAAGGAGGGCAGAGCUGGAGGAGGAGCUAAUGAAUUUGACCCCGCCCUCACCCUUCCGUGAUUCGCUGGGGUCAGGAAGUGGCUCCCCGGUCUCAGAGUCCACCCUGUGUCUGCCCCCGCCCUCGUCCCCUCCGCCCAAGUACGAAAUGCUGACCCUGAGAAACUACAGCCAGAGCUCUUCCUCACUGUGAGAGAGAGAUGAGAGGCGAAGAGGAGAAGAGGAGGAAGGACAGAGAAGGAGAGGGACCCUGGAAAAAACAGUCUCUUGGGGGAGAUAACGGUGAUGGCUACCUUGUGAUAGUGGGAGGAGAGGAAGAGAGGAAGAGAGGAGGAGAGUACGAGACGAGGAGAGGCUGAGAGGAGGGGAGGAAGAGAGGAGGAGAGGACGAGACGAGGAGGAGAGGAGGAGAGGAUGAGAGGAAGAGGGGACGAGAGGACGAGAGGAGGAGAGGACCAGGAGAUUGACCAGUCCCUUAGAGAGAUGAAAGCCUUGUACUGGCUAUGAGGGACAGGAACAGGACACAUCAUCGUGUGAUGUCAUUGGACGGUGACCUGCAGUGUUUGUGUUUACAUGUGUUCAGUGAGCAGCGAGGUAUAACGUGAUGAUUGUAGAUUUUUUUGUUGAUAUUCCGGGGUGAGAACAAGGACUACAAAAAUACUUCUAGUGUUUUGGUGUUCAAACGUAUGGCCAGAAGUCUCUCCAUAGAGGUGUGUUUGGUCAUUGUUUUGGUAGUGGCCUUAAACUAAAAUGGCUGUCAACUAAUUAGAGAUGUUUAUUGUGGGCAGCAUGGAGGUAGGGACACAUGUGGACCUACUGAGUGUUAAAGACACUAACCUCACAGGACUAACCAGCUGCUGCCAUGGACACACAUGGAGUAACCAUAAGGGCUGGGCAGAGCAGCUAUGGCCACUGGCACACCAACACACACACGCACGCACAACUGCACACCCACACACACACACACACACACACAUAAACACACUCACACGCAUACACACAUAAACACUUGCAUAUUGGCUGUUGUAGGGGAAAGUGUAAAUACAAAAAUAUCUUGGAUGGUAUCUAAUAGCAGAUGAUUCUGUUUAUACAUACCAUGUAUAGUAUGAAAACCUCCAGUGGGGUUCGGACUUCUCUCUCGCUGUAUGAUCUGAUCUGAGUGCAGUGUGUGUUUAAUCUUUCUAUUGAUUUAACAGAGACCUUGCUGUUCACAUUCACACAGACUAACUAUCACCUCAGGGUCUGGAGCAGUAUUCUCUCUCUCUCUCUAUCUAUCUAUCUCUCUCACUCUGUCUCCCUGUCUCUCUCUCUCUCUCUGUCUCUCUCUCUCUCUCUCUCUCUCUCUCU